AUGGCUUCGCUCUUCACUGGGAGGGUCUUGGUUGUGAACAACGGUGCCCGGGACGAGCUGGACACGGACCGGGAGCUGGGCCGCAGUCUGGAGAACAAGGUGCUGCUGCUGUAUUUUGGGUCUGGGGAGUGCCCACGAUGCCAGGAGUUCUCGCCACUGCUCAGAGAUUUCUUUGUGAGACUCACAGAUGAAUUUUAUGUGGAAAGGGCUUCACAGCUGGUCCUGGUGUACGUGUCUCAGGAUGAGACGGAGGAAAAGCAAAUCAAGUUCCUGAAGACGAUGCCAAAGAGAUGGCUGUCCUUGCCUUUCGAGGAUGAGUUCAAAAGAGAGCUGGAGCUGAGGUUUGCAGUGUCUGAUGUACCUGCAGUGGUGGUGCUGAAGCCAAACGGGGAGGUGAUUGUUGGAAAUGCUGUGGAAGAGAUUAGGCGCAUGGGUCCUGCCUGCUUCAGGAACUGGCAGGAGGCUGCUGAGCUAGUAGAUAGAAACUUCCUCUUGGCAGAGGACUUUGAUUACCUGGCUAGAAGAAGCAUCACUGACCCCAUCCGCCGCCUCAAAUACAAACUGAACAAGAAGACAAAGAAUGAAGAAAAGAAAGAGGAAGGUGAAGAGUCUCGUUAGGGGCUCACGAGGUUGCAGCUGCUACGCUGAUGUGGCUUGGGACUUCCCUCAGAUGACUAUCUCAGCCUGGCUGCGUGCAGUCUCAGGAACACAAGUCUAUUUAUCUAAUUUUUGCAUCCCUAAGAUUUACUGUGAUCGUGGUGAUAGCUGCAGAACCCUUAGCAAGAGUCAGCAUAUGAGUGGGGAGAUGAGGCAGACAACUGGGCUUUACAGAUGUGUCCAGUAACAUCUAUCUGUAUCUUAAAAGUCUGCCAGUUUUCUGAAAGGAAAAUUGUUCUGAGACAAAUGCAUCCUACUGUCACACACAGUUUUUGGUACCUAGAAAAUUGGUUAGCAUAUCAAGGGCAUUUGGAACCUGGCCAAAUCACAUUUCAUUUUUAUGACUCCAGGACCCUUACAUUUACUGUAGUAAAAAAUCUCACGGUAAAGUCUUUGUUGUUCAUUUACUAAAAACAGUAGAAGAAAAGCAACUACUAGAGAGCAGCAUUCAGUGAAUGAGUCAGUAAAAACAAUUUUAAAAGAAGGGAUCUGCAUUAAAAAAACCCAAAACCAGCAUGUCCAUGGGCUGCUAUGAAGACACUGAGAAGCUAUAGCAAACAACAGUGAGAACACAAUCCCUGUGAUAAGCCAAUGUCUUCUUUUUUGGAGACAGAAAGAUACCCAUGGGCUAAGUGAGCAAGUCCUGAGAAAGCUCUUGUGUUGCUGCUAAUAUACUGCUGCAAGUUUACAUUCCAACCAGGUUCAUUUGAGAGGUAAUGAACAGGUUGUUUCACGACUAGCAAUACGACACUCAGCGGCUGCCCCAGUGACCUGCCUCUGCCCUGCAAACCUCUUCCUUUUCUCUGCUAAUGGCGGUUGCCAUCUGCUGCUGAAAAGCAUCAAGUGCUGAGCACAGUAGCAGGGAACCCAGGUCCCUUUUCCGGAGAGGAGCUCCAGCCUUGUUAGAAAGCGUUUAACUAGGCACAACCUCAAGAAAGCUUCCUUCAAGAAAUCCCUCCUUUACUCCACUGAAGAAAUUCCUGAGCAUAGAUAUUCAUAACUGUACGGCUGGCAGGCCUGAGUCAGGUCAAAGACCCGUCUGUCCUCACCUACCAUUGCAAGCGCUAGGUGGGUAAGGAAAACUGUAAGGCCAGGACACAUCUUAAGUAAGCAGCUCUCUGCCUCACCCUUCCAGUUUAAACUGAUUUGUAUGAAGCCAACUAAGAUGAUAUUUUUACACCUUUGGGAGCGUACAAAAACUUGGUUACAGAGUCUGCAGACUGGAGAUGGAGGCAUCUCCAGUAACUAAGGAGUUUGAAAAGCAGUAAGCCUGUGAAAGACCAAAGAAUAAUUCAUUUGCUCAUUUCUGGUCCCUUGUUCUUAAUAAUAUCACUGGUGGGAGGAGGCGCUGAGGAUUUAAAAAACUUUAUUGGAUACGUGAAGGAUCUGAGAACAGAUGUGUGUGUUGAAGACAGACAGAGAAGCAGUGCCAGGCCAGCUUGUUCAACUUGUUUUCUCACUUAAUCCUCCCUCUCUUUGCCCAGCAAGCUUGACAGGUGGAAGAGGGAAGAAGGAGAAUAUUAAACCAAUGAUUGUGAGGAACCAUCAAGAGCCCUGGCUAUCUGGCUUGGUUUGUAAAAGACUGGUACCUGCAGGUGUAGUAUAUGUCUGACAGACAAAGAUUCCCAUGGGCGGGGGGGGGGGGGGGACCUGACAGAUUAAUCUCUCAUGUUUCACAUGAAGAAAGUAUAACCAGCUCACUUGUUAUCAGUCUGUGACAGAGAAUCUGAGAAAAUAAAUGAGAAAGAAAAAUGGACGAAGGGAUCCUGGAAGAGCCAUAUGAGCAGCAAGAAGGCCGCGUCCUUCAAGAUGCUCCCUGUAUUUUGUAUGGCACGCUGACACUGAGCAAAGAGAUAGAAAUAAAACCUUUCUUUCAGAUGACAUAUCUGCUGGAUGAGUAAAACUAUACUGUCAGAUUGUCAUUAAUAAAACGUUAUUCCAUUUACCUAGGGCAAUGCUCAACAGUUAAUACAACAGACUGUUACAACAGUAUUUAAAAAAACAAGUUCUAAAUCACAAAUCAGGAGCCUGAGGAAAUGCCAGUGUGGGAGGGAGGCAAAGGACAAUGCUUUUAUCUGUAAAAGCUGUCCAUUUUAGUGUUAAAACUAUUAAUAGGCAGUCAGGUGCCGCUUCUCACCCUCAUGGACCUUUGACAUUAGUAAAAGGACCACUUGACUUUUUGUUAAUUAUAUUAAUAUGGAAUUGUCCUGUCCUGUCCAUUUUUACCCACCACAUUUUGCUGUGCUCAAAACAGAAAGUUACUCUUUUGUUGGUUAUUGUGUGACAGAGCAACAGGCCGAGCAACAGGCGCUGAGCAAUUGUGAAAAGUGAAACAGCUACCAAUGGAAAGUGCUGCUGUGCUAACAUAAUAAACAAACUCUUUAUUUCCUC